AUGCUGAGGUUUUUUAUUCUUUUAUCUUUUCUAAUACAUUCUUGUGUUGCGGCACCGGCUGCUACCGCGGCUGCUCCUGCCAAGAAAUGGCUCACCCUUAGCGGGCAAGAGCCUGCGGUUGUGGCUAGAGGCGGCUUCUCGGGUCUUUUUCCGGAAUCGAGCGCCUCUGCAAAUGACAUGGCUAUUAGCACUAGUUCCCCUGGUCUCACAAUGUUGUGCAACCUUCAGAUGACAAAGGACGGUGUUGGUAUUUGCUUGUCUGAUGUCACGCUUGACAAUGCAACCACCAUCUCCACGGUCUUUCCCAAAGCACAGAAGACUUACAAGGUCAAUGGUCAAGACCUCAAGGGGUGGUUUGCCCUUGACUACUUUUCCGACACCAUCUUCUCCAAUGUCUCCCUGGUCCAGAACAUCUACUCUCGGCCCAGCAUUUUCGAUGGCCAAAUGGCAAUUUCCGCCGUGGAGGACGUCAUGGGGACCAAGCCUCCCAAGUUUUGGUUGAGCGUUCAGUAUGAUGCCUUCUACAUGGAACACAAGCUGAGUGCAGCUGAGUACCUGAAAAGCAUGCGUUUCCGCGGCAUUAGCGUCAUCUCAUCUCCGGAGAUUGGUUUCCUGAAGAGCAUCGGCAUGGACGCAGGAAGGGCCAAGACAAAGCUCAUAUUCGAGUUCAAAGACCCCGAGGCAAUUGAACCCACCACCAACAAGAAGUACAGUGAGCUUCAGAAGAACCUCGCAGCCAUCAAGGCCUUUGCUUCAGGCGUUAUUGUCCCCAAAGACUACAUUUGGCCCCUUGACUCGGCUAAGUACCUUAAGCCCGCCACCACCUUUGUAACUGAUGCCCACAAAGCCGGUCUAGAGGUCUAUGCUUCUGGAUUUGCCAAUGAUUGGCGUACCAGCUACAACUACAGCUUUGACCCCUCUGCUGAUUACCUCCAAUUUGUGGACAAUGGCGAGUUCUCUGUUGAUGGCAUCAUCACUGAUUUCCCGCCAACAGCAUCACAAGCCAUCACUUGCCUUUCUCACCAAAAGGGCAAUCUCCCUAAAUCAGGACAUGCAUUGGUUAUAACUCACAAUGGAGCAAGCGGAGAUUAUCCAGGCUGCACCGAUAUGGCUUAUCAGAAAGCGGUCGACGAUGGAGCAGACAUUAUCGACUGCUCUGUUCAAAUGUCUAAAGACGGAGUAGCCUUCUGCCGUGACUCUGCAGACCUCACAGCAAGCACCACUGCCAUGACUAGUUUCAUGUCCCGAGCCACCAGCAUUCCUGAGAUUCAGCCUACCAACGGCAUUUUCUCCUUUGAUCUCACGUGGGCUGAGAUCCAGUCUCUAAAGCCUCAAAUCGAGAGCCCCUUCUUGGCUUCCACGGGCUUCCAGAGAAACCCUGCAAACAAGAAUGCCGGAAAGUUCAUAACUCUCGCUGACUUCCUUGAGUUCGGCAAAGCAAAAGCAGUCACUGGAGUUCUGAUCAACAUCCAGAACGCUGCUUAUUUAGCGUCAAAGAAAGGCCUAGGAAUCGUAGACGUAGUCAAGUCCGCUCUGACCAAUUCCACGCUCGACAAGCAAUCAACCCAAAAGGUUUUGAUUCAGUCAGAUGACAGUUCCGUUCUGGCCACUUUUGAGGGUGUACCUCCGUACACUAGAGUCUUGAGCAUUGACAAGGAAAUUGGAGAUGCUCCCAAACCAUCCAUCGAAGAAAUCAAGAAGCACGCAGAUGCUGUCAACCUUAAGAGAACUUCCCUCGUCACCGUUUCCGAAAGCUUUGCCACAGGGAAAACUAACGUGGUGGAGGAAAUGCACAAGGGGAAUAUCUCUGUUUAUGUAUCGGUGCUAAGAAACGAGUACAUCUCCAUAGCGUUCGACUACUUCUCUGAUCCUACGAUAGAGAUUGCCACAUUCAUUGCAGGGAGUGGCGUUGAUGGAGUCAUCACGGAGUUCCCUGCCACUGCUUCCAGAUACUUGAGGAGUCCAUGCUCAGAUUUGAACAAAGACCAGCCUUAUGCCAUCUUACCCGCAGAAGCCGGCGCUCUACUCUCCGUGGCAGCCAAGGAAGCACAGCCACCGGCUAGUGCCCCGAACCCACCUCUUGAGGCCAAAGACGUGAUUGAUCCGCCUCUGCCUCCAGUUGCAAACGUGGUCUCCUCCAAUGCAACUGGAGGAGCUCAGCCAAAUGCACCUCCUCAUUCAGGCACCGUUGCCAACGCUGCUAAUCUCGGUCUUUCAUCGCUUGCAAUGCUGGCCUUGGGACUCCUCUGUGCUGCCUAA